GAGGAAUCUCUGGACAUGAGCCUGCUCCAGAAGGAGGCCGAAGAGGGCAGCCUCAACAUCCCUCACCUUUCUAAGUACAUCCUAAAUCUCAUCACGCUGUUGUGUGCACCCGUCCGGGAUGAAGCUGUGCAGAAGCUCGAGGGCAUCGUGGACCCUGUGCAGUUGCUGAGAGGGAUCUUCCAGGUUCUAGGCCUGAUGAAAAUGGACAGAGUGAACUACACCAUCCAGAGCCUUCACCCGCAUCUGCAGGAUCAUUCCAUCCAGUACGAACGGGCGUCUUUCCAGGAGCAGCUCGACAAGGAGCCCAGUCUCCUGGACCACACUACCAAGUGGCUCACUCAGGCGGCCGCUGACCUCUCCUCGCCACCACCUGCCAGCUCCGACUCCUCCGACUCUUCCAGCAUGGCCUCCUCCUCCCUGAGUGAGGACGCUGCCAGCCCGGAAUCUCUCAGCCCCACCAUGGUGCUGUCCCAGGGGUUUCUGAACCUCCUUCUCUGGGACCCUGAGAAUGAGGAGUUCCCUGAGACUUUGAUGAUGGACCGAGAGCAGCUGCAGGAGCUGACGGCCCAGGCCCAGCAGUUGACCCUUCUGGCCUCAGUCUUGCUGGUAGCCAGCAGCUUCUCGGGCAGCGUCCUCUUCGGCUCGCCUCAAUUUGUCGAUAAACUGAAACGUGUCACCAAGUCCCUGAUGGAGGAGUUUGGCUCCAGGCCCGAGGAGGCCAUGGCAACCGUGAGUGAGCAGGUGUCCCAGGAGAUCCAGCAGAGCCUCAAGACCAUGGGCCUGGCUGAGCUGAGCAAAGACAACACAGAGUCGCUGGUGGGGCAGCUCCAGAACAUCGCCAAGAAGGAAAACUGUGUCCGAAGCGUCAUCGACCAACGGAUCCACUUGUUCCUCAAGUGCUGCCUGGUGCUGGGCGUGCAGCGUUCGCUCCUUGACCUGCCAGGGGGCCUCACGCUCAUCGAGGCGGAGCUGGCAGAACUGGGCCAGAAGUUCGUCAACCUAACACACCACAAUCAGCAGGUGUUCGGGCCCUACUACAUCAACAUCAUCAAGACCCUCAUCCCCACCGUGCAGGCCCAGGAAACCAAAGUGGAGUCCUGCUGA